CCCACAGACGAAAUAACAGCUUAUAUUCAUUGUCAAAAAAAAAAAGGAAAAAAAAAGAAGAGAAGUCUAAAUCUUUUGGAAAAAAAAAGCUCCUGUGCAUCUCUGGGUGGUUGAAACCUGACACUAUAUGGGCUGUGGUGUUGGAGAGCAGAGAGGGUGAGAAGAUAGAAAGCUGGGUGUCAGUGCCUACCUUCACUGUUGAGGUGCAUGUCACUCUGAGCUGCUGGUCGACCAGCUGGGAAUUCACUACGAGAAGUAGUUCUGCAGUGGCUUCUGGGGAACAUGAACAUCCUGCAAAUACUGGGUCUCCUACAGCUGCUGGCUGUACCUGCCUUCACUCUGACACAGCCAACCCAUGACUACUGGGGAGAGUUUGGAGCCUAUGGGCCCUGCAGUCGCACCUGUGGCACAGGAGUGGCCAUGAGAACCAGAAAAUGUAUCACUUCAAGGACAGAUGGAGGACAUAACUGCUUGGGAUCAUCUAAGGCCUUCCGAACCUGUAAUACACAUGAAUGUCCGGUCGGAUCCAGGGACUUCAGGGAGGAGCAGUGCUCCCGGUUUGACAGAAUGGACUUUCAGAGCAAACGUCACUCAUGGGUGCCUUAUUAUGGAGCAACCAAUCCAUGUGAGCUGAACUGUGUCCCAAGAGGACAGAACUUCUUCUAUCGACACAGACCUGCAGUGGUAGAUGGGACACCAUGCUAUGUGGGCCGCACUGAUAUCUGUGUGGAUGGUGUCUGCAGGAUACUGACCCAUGGAGAGUUCGUGGGUUUGGAUGACGACACUAACUCUGUGCACUCUGCUGCUCCUGUUGUUGUGGCUCCUCACCCGAGGGAGACGCUUACGUACAUCUACAAAACUGGUGUGUACGGCGCUUGCUCAGCCACCUGCAAUGGAGGCAUGCAGUUUCGCAGCGUGGAGUGCUGGGUUCAGGACCCGAUGAACCCCCGUGUGGUGGAAGAGUCUAACUGCAUUACCCAGCGUCUGCAGAGGCCGCAGAGUCAGCAGGCUUGCAACAUGCAUCCAUGUGCUGCGGAGUACAGUGUAUCAAGCUUCAGUGUGUGUUCAGUGACCUGUGGGGAAGGCCAGCAGACGAGGGAGGUGAUCUGUGUUGGACCAGGAGGUGAACAUCUGGCUGACCAGGCCUGUAGCGGACUGGCACGACCUCCUUCCGUCCAGGUCUGCCGCAGGCCUGCCUGUCACGCACACAUCACCUGGCAUGUGACUGACUACGGACUGUGCACUAGAAGCUGUGGUGGGGGUGUGAGGGAGAGGAGGGUUAGCUGUUUUGAUACAGAUUUGAACCCCUACCCCGAGGCCCGGUGUGGACUAGCAAGCAGGCCUGUCACUGUGGAGGCGUGCAACUCACAGCCAUGUCCUGGAGCUCAAAUGGUCCCAAGUGUACAGGAUCCAAGGGCACAUGAAAGCACCAUGAGAGGAUUUGUGCCCCAUGUUCCAGGAGAGCCUUCAGCUUCCAGACCACAGACAAACAUUCACCACGAGCCCUACCCUCCUGUGGUUGGCCCUCAAUGUGCACAGUCAUUUUAUGGCUGCUGUCCUGAUGGCCAUACCUCUGCCACUGGACCCAGGAAUGAGGGCUGCUUCCAAGAGGACUGUGUUCGCACCAGGUUUGGCUGUUGUUUGGAUGGGGUGACUCCAGCUCGAGGAUUUGGAAGAGCUGGAUGUCCUGAAUACCAGACGACUGCGGAGCGCCCACCACCCCCUGUAACUCCAUCUGCUGGUAAUGUGUGCUCCCUGCCUCGUGAUGAGGGCCCCUGUGAUACCUGGAAGGUCCGGUUCUACUAUGACUCGGGCACCAGUAAAUGUACCGAAUUCUGGUAUGGAAGCUGCCAGGGCAAUGGCAAUAACUUUGUGUCCCUGGAGGCAUGCCAGAGAGAGUGUGGGGGUAUGGUGAGGGAGCCCCCACCUGCACCUCGCGGAGGGACCCAAAGGAGAGGGCCACCCAGGGGUGCUCUAAGGGCAAGGGCAUAACCUUGCACACCACUAAUACCUCCAGUACACAGGAUAACCAGGAUGCCCUCACUAUGAAGCUAAUCACACAUGUAGUGUAUAUUUACAUAUAUGAAGACAGACACAAACAUGUACUGUAAAACAUCCCACAUUUCAUUUAAACAUUUACAUUUACAUUACAAAUGAUCUAGAUAGCCUCACAUUAUAACAUAUAAAUAAUCAAUGCUCUAGAUUCUGAUUUUUAUUAUCUUUUUGAUCCUUGGCAUUUUGUUUGUGACACUAACUAUAUUCAUUUGUGUUUUUUGCCUCAUGGUUCAGCACUAAAAUAAAUGUAUGUCAAUGUGAUUAUUCAAAUUAAAUCAUAAACCCAAUCAAUAAAUC